AUGUCGAACCCACCAACCGAAGCCAGUCGCAACCUCUCCCAAGCCGAAAUUCCUUACGAACGAAUGGAUUUUCGUCAUUUUCGCAACCGCAGUAAUCGUACUGCUCUUUUUGCUUGUAAAAUUGCCCCCGAAUUAGACCAAACUAUCCGUCGCCUCGCCCUCCAAGAAAAUCGGAUGAUUGUGGAAAUAUUUGAAGAAGCCUUGGCUAUUUAUUUAAAAAAUAAGGACCAACCAACCACCCGCAACAUCUACACCAAACUGCAACUCAUCCAGUCCGAAGUUAAAGAAUUAAUCCGCACUGAGGAAAAUAAAUUCCAAAAAUAUAAGUUCUUUAAUGAAUUGCAAGUCCUCAAAUUAUUACGACCUUUAUUAAGUAAAUACCAACUAACUAUUUUAUUAAGUGAUGAUAUUAGUCAACCCUUUAUUCAUGAAAAAGAUGCCGCUGGUAGUAAUGUCGACUUAGCUAAAGCCAAAGGUUCUAGUGAAACUUAUGCAAUUAAGUACAUGCUCUCAAAGUUCUUUUUGAUGCCAGUCAAGGAUGAAGGGGACCCAGAUUAUCGGCAACGUGAGGAAAUGCGCAGUUUUGUUAACGACCAAAAAAAAGAAACUUCCGCUACUGAGAAGACGGAACAAUCCUUGACAGAAUUGGCCAAGCAAACUAAUCCCGCUGCUAUUAUUAGCAUGCAACAGGUGGAAGACCUGACCAACUUAUUACGCCAAAAAAAUCAGGUGGAUAAAGACAACCAAGCCAAAUUUUUUACCGAGUUAGAUGACAAGUUAGCUCAGCAAGGAGUGGACGGAGCCACCCAAGCUGCAUUACGACUCCGCAAAAAAGAACAAGUCUUUGAUCUCUUAGCCAAACACCGUUUUAUUGAAAUAACCGGAUCAUCUGGUAAAGGUAAAUCCUGGUUCUUAUCUCAUUUAUUCAAGCAUUUACAAGGAGUUAAAUUCACUAAUUUUCCCACUCCCCAAUCCACUUUUACUCUGAGCAAAGAAACCUUAGAAAUUCAUAUUAGUGCAGUAAAGAAUUUGGUGAAAAUGGCUAUUCCGCCUUACAAGAUUAUAUUUCCCAUGCCGGCAAACUUGGUGGCACUUUUAUUUGAACUAGUAAUGCAGAAUUGGUUAAAAUAUAUCUUUGAAGAAAAACUCAAAGCGGAAGAAGCCGGCGAAAUCUUGCGGAGUAUGAAAUUUAAUCGCAAUCUUUUGCUGCAAUACCUCCAAGAACGGAAAAAAGAAGAAAAAGUUGUACGAAAAAAAAGAGAAAGAAUUAAAGAUGUUAAGUCUAGUUUGAAAAAGUAUGGACUGAAUGAUAAAAAAAUAAGAUUAGAGAUAGAUUUGGAUCAAGAACACCAAGAACCUAAUUUAGAAAAUGAAGAAAAGCAAUCAACCAAGCAAAGAACAGUCAAAAAAAGGAAAAAUAAUGGUUUAGUCUUUUUUGGCUCGAUUGGUUCCGGCAAAACAGCUAUUUUAGCCAUGUUAGCUCACGAGUUACCGGGUGAAAAUAAAUAUGCUACUUUUCCUUAUGAAAUCAAUCUCCUUUUUAAAGGCAAUAUUGUCCAAGAUGUCCGGGAAAGACAAAGGUUCUUGAUGCAUUUUAUCGCGUUAAGUCGCCAUCAAGGUACUCGUUUAUUUGUUAAUGCCCAACGCUUAGGCCAAGUCAGUAUUGAGCAACGAGAAGUAACGACUGCUAUUUGUCAAGUCUCUCUUUUACAAAGAACGGAUGAGGAAACAGAAAAACAAUACUUAAUUGAAAUUAUUCAAGAAAAGAAUGAUGAAUUGGAUAAAUUAGAAGAUCAAUUAAGUGUGCUGGACUUCCAUCAAUCACGAGAGAUAUCAAGUUUAAUUGAAAAAAAAUCCAGUUUAGAAAAAGAUAUUAAAGAAAAAAAAUCUCUUAUCGAAGAACUAACAGUCGAAGCUGAAAGUUGGGAAGAGAAAGCUAAUUGUCAUUAUGAUUUUAUCGGUCGUUGCGAAAUCCUUUGUAAAGGUCAAAGAGAAGGACUAAGGGAAGAAAUCAAAAAUAAGUCAAAUGAAUUAAAGGAAAACUUAAAGUUACUGUCGGAAGUUAGGGAAGAGGUUGAAGAAGAAAAAAUCAAAAGUAAAAAUUUACGGCAAGAAUUAGAAGAAGAGAGAAAGAUAUCAAAAGAAAUUAGAGAGCAAUUUGAAGAGAUGAAGAUAAAAAAUUUGAGACUAGAAGAAGCACUCAAAAGUUUACCUAAAAGACAAAAUAAAAUUAAACAGUUUGGAACAAAAAUAAAAACUAAGUUAACCAAGUUUCAACAAUUAAUAAGUAAAAAUAAUACACAAAAGCAGGAGUUGAUUGCUAGAAUAGAACCGUCUGUCAAAUCAGAACUCGGAACAAAAAAACUAGUGAAAUGGUUACAAAUGGGUGUAUUUGUGAGAUUUGCAAAGAAAAAUUUGAAAAUGAUGAAUUACCAAAAUGUGAUAGAGGAAAAAGAACUUCCUCUUUUACCUAAUGAAGAAAUAAGUCGGGCAGCAUUCUAUGAAAAACAAAUAAACGCUUUACAAGAAAAGGAAAAAGAAUUAACUGAGGAAGAGUUAUUAGAUAAAAUAGCCAAACUGGAGCAGGAAAAUAAAUCUUAUAAAGAAGAAGUUAAAAGACUAAAAGAAGAAAAUAAAAAGUUAGUCCCUGAAGAAUUGACCACCAAAAUAAAACUUUAUGAAAAAGAAAUUACUGAACUAAAAAAACAAAUGGAACAAACUGCUCAAAUUGAAGUUCCUCCUAAGGACAAAG